UUUAUGACCUGCUCCCACUCGUCCCCCACCUCACCCCUAUCUUCCAAAAACUCAGGCCCCACAUCUGAUCUUUACCAGGUCCAUCACUUUCACCCAUAUUUGGGAUUCGUGCCCUUAACCUCUCUAAACUCAAAUCUCCUCCGUGAUUUCUCUCGUCCCUCUCUCACUUCCAAGCAAAUAUCAAAAGCAAUUUCCCUCUCUCGCUCUCUCUCCAAAAAUGAAGAGCAACACCAACACAAAAGUAAUACUCCUCCACCCAUCAAUCCACAAGCAAAGCGGCGCCGUCUCAUCCUCCUCCUCCUCCUUCUCCUCCACACACCGGUUGUGGCUGGUGUUUAUAGUCACAGUCUUCACCUUAGCUUUCACCAUCACUCUCCUUAACUCAACCAUGCCAUCCUCAAUCAGUCCCACAAGCCAAGCUUCGGCCUUUACAGCUCCAAUCCCACCCUCCAUCUCCGACGCUCUCCUCCACUACGCCGCCACAUCAAACGCCACCACUAUCCACAUGUCCUCUUCUGAACUCACCUCCAUAGCCACCACUCUCACCCACUGCUCCCCAACUUGUAACUUCUUAAUCUUCGGCCUCACCCAUGAGUCUCUACUCUGGCAAGCUCUCAACUUUAAUGGCAGAACCGUUUACUUAGACGAGAACGAGUUCUUGGUCUCGAAAUUCGAGCAGUCGCACCCUGGAAUCGAAGCCUACGACUUGUCGUACACAACCAAAGUCUCCGACAUGAGCGAACUCAUCUCUGUCACGAAAUCGGCAGUCAAAAACGACUGCCGACCGGUGCAGAAUCUCUUGUUCUCGGAAUGUAAGCUGGGGAUCAACGACAUGCCGAACCACUUGUACGACGUGCCGUGGGACGUGAUUCUAGUCGAUGGGCCACGUGGGUAUUUCGCCAAUGCACCGGGGAGAAUGUCGGCGAUAUUUACGGCGAGCGUUUUGGCGAGGAGCAAGAAGGUCGGUGGGUCCAACUCCAACUCCAAGACCCAUGUUUUUGUUCACGAUUUUGAAAGAGAGGUUGAGAGGAUUUGCAGUGAUGAGUUCUUGUGCGAAGAGAAUUUGGUUGAGACUGUGGAAUUGUUGGCGCAUUUUGUGUUGGAGAGAAUGGAAGAGAACAGGUUUGAGUUUUGUAAGAAUUCAACUUCUUCUUUGUCUACAUCAUUGCCAUCAUCAAAUUCAGUUUCUUUAUCAUCAGGGGAUGAUGAUUGAGAUGGGGUUUUGUGAUUAAUGGCCAUAUUAUUACUUCAACUUUAGGGGUUUUCUUUUGCAAUAGAAGGUGUAAUAUUUUAUAGGUGUAAACUGUUUCAAGUGCUCCCAAAACAAUGAUGAAGGAUCAAGUUUUGGGUAUCUGAAAAGUUUGUUAAUAUUAGUGUCUUUUU